AUUUCACUUCCUUUCUCUUUCUUUCUCUCCACGUGAAUCCCUCCCCCUCUUAUUUUUUCUUCAGAUUUUUAUUUUUAUUUUACCAUAAAUUAAAAAACAAGACAGAGAACUUGUGUCCCAUCAAAUCCCUCUCUAUCGAUGACGUAACUACGACUCCUUCCCCUAUAUAAUCGCCCUCUCAAAACCCUUUUCUCUCCAAACCCCUCUUUCUUUUCUUUCUUGGAUCUUGCUGUUAUAGAUCUCCGUGUUCUUUAGGUUUUUGGUUUCUUUCUUUCUUUUAAUUAUCUUUUCCUAUACAAAGAUUUUCUUUCGCUUUUUGGUUUUCUUGAACUUUCUUUCUUUGGAAUGGAAGUGGGUUUGGUAGCGAAGGAUACAAGCUGGUGGGUUUUCACCCUACCAGCAUUUCUUGGUUCAAGAAAUCUUUUGGAUGGCUAUAUUCUGUUUUCUCUUUUUAUGGCAUUUCUUUCUCUCGCACUUCUCACUUGGGCCUUUUCUGUUGGAGGAAUUGCAUGGAAAUAUGGAAGAAACCAAAAAGGCCUUGUUUCCAUUCCUGGACCAAGAGGUUUACCUAUUCUUGGUAGUCUCUUUACUUUAAGCCGUGGCUUGGCUCAUCGUUCAUUGGCUUCCAUGGCUUCCAAAAUGUCUUGCACUCAGCUCAUGGCUUUUAGCCUUGGCCCUACUCCUGUAGUUGUCUCUUCUGAUCCUCACAUCGCUAAAGAAAUCCUGACCUCCCCUUUCUUUGCUGACCGUCCGAUUAAACAGUCGGCUAAAAGCCUUAUGUUUAGCCGAGCCAUCGGUUUCGCUCCUAACGGUAUUUACUGGCGGCUUCUGAGAAAAAUCGCUUCGUCUCACUUGUUUUCACCUCGGCGCAUUUUAGCUCACGAGACUCUCCGUCAGCUAGAAUGCGCCUCCAUGCUGCGCAAUAUAGCAAACGAACAAACACAAAACGGCCGUGUCUAUUUAAGGAAACACCUUCAGUUUGCUUCAUUAAAUAACAUUAUGGGAAGUGUGUUUGGUAAAAGAUACGAUCCUGCGCACGAUAGCAAGGAGCUUGAGGAGCUUAGAGAUAUGGUUAGAGAAGGGUUCGAGUUAUUGGGUGCUUUUAACUGGUGUGAUUAUUUACAAUGGCUGAGUUACUUUUAUGACCCGUUUCGUAUUAAUGAACGUUGCCUGAAACUCGUUCCCCGAGUUAGGAAAUUUGUUCGGGGCAUUAUAGAGGAGCACCGGCUCGGUGAGUCCAGAAAUGUGUCUGAUAAUGGCGAUUUUGUUGAUGUUUUGCUUUCUUUAGAUGGUGAGGAGAAGCUUCAAGAAGAUGACAUGCUUGCUGUCUUGUGGGAAAUGAUAUUUAGAGGAACUGACACAACAGCUCUUUUGACUGAGUGGGUAAUGGCCGAGUUGGUCUUACAUCCGGAAAUGCAAGAAAAGCUUUGCAAAGAGCUAGACGGAGCCGCAAAAGACAGGAAAUUGACAGACGCUGACGUGGCAAAUUUACCAUAUUUGCAAGCUGUAGUGAAAGAAGCACUGAGAGUACACCCACCUGGCCCACUGCUGUCAUGGGCCAGGUUGUCCACGUCAGACGUCAAACUCAGCAACGAAAUGCUCAUCCCAUGCAACACAACUGCAAUGGUCAACAUGUGGGCCAUCACACAUGACCCUAAGGUGUGGGUGGACCCACUGGAGUUCAAGCCAGAGAGAUUCUUGGGUGCAGACGUGGACAUCCGAGGUGGCGAUCUUAGGCUUGCACCGUUUGGGGCUGGGCGUAGGGUUUGCCCUGGAAAGAAUCUAGGGCUAGUCACUGUAACUCUAUGGGUGGCUAAGUUGGUGCACCAGUUCAAGUGGGUCGAAGAUGUGGCUAACCCAGUUGACCUGAGUGAGAUAUUGAAGCUUUCUUGCGAAAUGAAGUAUCCUUUGUCAGCUAUGGCUCUGCAAAGGAACAAUUAGGGUUAAACUUUAAAGAAAGGUUGUGUAGGCUAAUGCAGUAUUCCUAUUUAAUAUUAUAAUAAUAUUAUAUAUGUGAGCUUAAUUAGCUACUAUA